AUGAUUUUUAAUAUAUUAUCAUUCAUUGCAAUACUUUAAGGAGCCAUUCAAAUUAGUGAUUUAUCCUAUAUUUUCUAUCAAUCAAAUAAGAUUUAGCUAACCUUGCAUGAUUUUGAAACCCUCAAACUCAUACUGUCAUUUCCAUGGUAAGAAGCCAUAAUAUUUCAAAGGAUUAUCAAACCAAUAUGGGGAUUUUGUUCUGAUAUUUUUCCCAUCGCAAAAUAUAAAAGAAAACCUUAUUUGUUUAUUUUUGCGAUUAUUUGCUUUUUGCUAGAAACUUUUAUGGCAGUAAGCGAUGUUGAUCGGAAAACGGCAUUCGUUAUAAUAUUUCUAAUUCAACUGUGCAUCGUAUUUUGCAAUGUGAUAGCAGAGGCAGUGCUUGUUGAAUAAAGUCACGAAGUGAAUACAAGCCGGAAUGUAGCUUUGUUUUUUGGAAUGAGAGCAGUUGGAGGAUAUCUCUAUACCUACAUUGCAUUCAAUUUUCCUAUUCAUAGAAAUAGUAUAAUAGCUAGAUUUAUAAGAUUUUUAGGUCUUAUCUUUGUUUCCAUUAUUAAUUGCGAUUUUAUCUGUGUUCCUUCCAGAAUAACAAAUGGUGGAUGAG